GAGUGCUGCAGGGGACGACGGGGAGGCGCCGCUAGCAGACAAUCCCCGCGGAGCAAGCCAAGCCGCUCGCUCAGUCGCUGUGCGGGGAGCAGGAAGAGGCGGUUGAAUUCUCCUCGCCCUCGCGCCACGCCUCGCGCUCGCAGCCGCGGCAGACCUGCUCCAAGUCUUUGGUCUGGUACUCUGGUCGGCUUCCAGAAUCCAAGCGCGCGCCUAUAAAAAAAAGGAUCCGAGCCCCCAGCGCCCACGGUCGAGUCAGAGGGAGGGGAAAAUGGCGAGCGGCGGGGAGGGCGGGGACGAGGAGAGGCAGGGGAGGCAGCGGCUGGGGCGGGGACGCGGGCGGCGGCUGUGGUCGGCGUGCCUCCCGCGGCCGGGAUGCUUCACGGUCUCCGCCGCGGGCGAGGAUGAGGGCACGUCGGCCGCCGGCGCUGAGGAGGGGGGCACCAGGCCGACGCCCUCGCAUCUGGUCGUCACGGUCAAUGGGAUCGUCGGGAGUGCAGAAAACUGGCGGUUUGCAGCAAAACACUUCAUCAAGAAACACCCAGAAGAUGUGGUUGUUCACUGCAGUGGGUGCAAUACAGCAGCUCGAACCUUUGAUGGAAUUGAUGUGAUGGGAAGAAGAUUGGCAGAGGAGGUGACCACUGUUGUUGAGAGUAGACCAGAGCUUCGCAAGAUUUCGUUUGUUGGACAUUCAUUGGGUGGACUGAUCGCGAGAUAUGCUAUUGCACUAUUAUAUGAGAGAGAGACACAAAAAGAUUCUCAUGAAGAGUGUGAGAAGCAUGCCAUUGACUAUCAUAGUAACCAGCAUAGUUCUGGAGGCAAAAUUGCUGGUUUGGAGCCUAUUAACUUCAUCACCUUUGCAACACCACACCUCGGUACAAGAUCACACAAACAAAUGCCAAUUCUACGUGGUUCCAACAAAUUGGAAAAGAUGGCAUAUCGUAUGUCUUGGAUUGCUGGGAAAAGUGGAAAACAUCUUUUCCUGAAAGAUAUAGAAGAUGAGAAACCACCGCUCCUUCUACAGAUGGUUACUGAUUAUGGUGGUCUCCACUUCAUGUCAGCUCUUCGCUCUUUCAAGCGUCGUGUUGUUUACUCCAAUGUCUGCAGUGAUUUUAUCGUUGGCUGGAGGACAUCUUCAAUACGUCGUCAGCAUGAGCUUCCUGAGUCUUUGCAUCAGCGCAAAAGUUUUAUAAACGAUGGUAGAUAUCCACACAUUGUUUAUGUGGAGGAACCGAAGGUUCAGGAUGUUGAUUUUUCAGAUGCGAUGAUUUAUCAGGCAAAAACUACGAGUGAAAUGGAAGAAGUUAUGCUCAAAGGUCUUAAUAGACUUCCAUGGGAAAGGGUAGAUGUUAGCUUCAAGAAAAGUAGACAGAGGUUUUUUGCCCAUAGCACAAUUCAGGUCAAGACCUAUUUCUUGAACUCAGAUGGCGCUGAUGUGAUCUUUCACAUGAUCGACCAUUUUAUUUAUUAAGAUGCGUGCACUAAGGUGGUGCCAGAUUCUUCCUUAUCUAGAUGAACUCCGGUCGAGUAGGAACACGUGAAAAAUAUCCGUGUCCUCAAGAAAAGGAUUAGAGAUAUACCGAAAGCAGUAGAACCCAUUGUAAAGAAAGUGUAUUGGGUCUCUACGCUUCCUCCAAAUUUUGGGCCGCCUAGGUUCUCCUCUCUUAUUUUUCCAGACUUUAGGUCAGAAUCUCAGUUGUAUUAGCUCUUCUUUUCCAGCAUUCAGUCAGAAUCUCAGUUGUACAUGCUGCAAAAAAAUGUUUCAUAUUUUGCUUAUGCUGCAGGUCAGCUUGAUCUACCCAAACGCUA